AUGGGGACACCUCGAGGCAGCGCCGGUGACCGAGACUCGCAGCUCGGCUCACGAGCAGCGACUCCAUCAACUGCCUCAUGGCAAGUCGAAGAUUCAGCAGAGCUCGCUUACAGGGCGAUAGAGCGCUCGGAUAAUCGGCAAGGUGAGCCUCCAAUCAGACAAUUAGGGUGUCCCGAUCUAGGAUGGACUGCUGAAAUUUUCACAUCGCUUCACGCUACCAGGUCAAUCACCGGACAAGGCCCACGACACCGAUACUGCAGGGGAAUUGGCAGGCGGUCGUGCCGCAUCGGCUUCCUCCGUGCGCGAAGGUGACGGUGCGGAGCACGCCUCUCCAGGUGUAUCCAGGUCAGAUGCGCGAGCUCGCCCAAGGCCUUCCGCUAAAGCUAAAGGCGAAUCCACCGUCAGCACCGAGGCUUCCGAUUUCGAUCGCUCCGAAGCCGUUGUCAGACGACAGGCUGGACAAAGAAGAGCCGAGCAAUCUUCUGACGAAGUACGACGUCGAACGGCACGAGACACACCUAGCUCUGCGCGAGAGCAGGAACACCAAAGUUUGGACUCGCAGCGUCAUGGCAGACUGAAUGCGCACACCCCAGAAGACGAUCAUCGACGUGAUAGCGACGCUCAGUCUCCCUCGCAUCGCUCUCAAGCCGCAUCUGACGCUUCCGCUAGCUCGGUCGAGGCUCCCUUGGCACAGGGUCUGCCUCAGAGUCACUCGAACGCCCACAGUGGGACCCCUGCGUACGAGUCACAGCGAGAUGGGCUUGCCGAUCGUCAGCUCGACGAAAACAAGCAAGAGGGCUCGCAUUCUAGUCCCCGGCAGCGCUCAUGGGAACGGCCGCCGGGCGGUGAGACCUCGCCAGAGACUUAUCAGACAAAGCACGGUGGCCAUUCUCGGAGCGCGGCAGAGGGACGAGAUUCGCGAGAGCGAGAGCGAGACCAGAGGGAUCCAGAAUUCCUCCGGAUGGAGAGUGCCGAGCUCCGUGGAAGUGCAUUGCACAAUGACCGACGCGAGGCACCCGAGGGAGAAUGGACGAGCGAAGUGCCCACCAAGUAUGGCAAGCCAGCAGACGGGGGUCAGCCGCGGCUUACCAGAGCGCUUUCUCCGCCGAGGCACUACCGCCCGCGCACCCCUGGAUCUAGGGAACAGACUCCGCUCAACAUUCAGGCCGUACCUGGCCAGUCGUAUCCUUACGUAGAUGAUGCGCGGGACCUUGAGCCAGCCGAAGGUAAGUGGCAAGUACUCCAUUAAUCCACCAGGCGCAAGAAUACUCAGCUCCUCUUGCUGAUCUUGCAGUUGAUAAGUUCUUGAGUCUAAUCGAGAAACACAAUCUGGAUGCGAGUGACGAGGAAGACAUGGCCCGUAGUGUUACCGAGCUGUAUUCCGAGUGGAUAGACUGGUGCAUCCACUAUAGGAUUACAUCGACAAAGAGCAAGCCAGCUCUCGUCAGCGAAUUUGUCAAGGUGCGUUGCUGCAUGGACUCAAGGUUGUUUUGCACCCUGCCCAUGUUGAACAUAUGAUGAGCUUUUCACCAGGUGCACCAAGGAGUCUACGGCGUAGAGCGUCAAAGGCGGGCUAUGGGAAUCGUGCAAGGCAGUCGUGCGCAGCCGUCUGCUUCUAAGGGACAUCAAGGGCCGGUGGAGGAUAGAGGUGAUGGGCAGGGGCCGCGGCAGGUCUUUGCAUCUGCAGUGCAAUCGCCAGCCCUCAUGUCGACCACCUUUGCCCGUGAGGAACAACAUGUACCCGACAGCUCGAGCCCACGAUUUGUUGAUGCUCGGCGUGGACCCGGAAAUGGAAAUGUCCCGAGCGCUACGCCGAGCGGCGAGCGACAUGCUCCUAGGUACGCCUCUACUUGGAAUGUUCCCCCGCCUGGCAGGGGGUACGAGGGAAGUGCUCAGCAGCCUGUCGGAGCAGAACGCUCCCUCGCCACUCAACCGUCGAGGUCUAGCUCAGUGCGAGAUUAUACACCAGGUCGUCGAGACCCAGACGUUGCCGCGGAGCGCCAUGUACCUCCCGACAUCGACCCGCGUGCAAGAUCGUUUUACGGGCCGCCUCCAGAGGGUUUGAGUCGUCCGGCACGACCGCACGGCCAUGCCCAUGCCGAGAGCAGUGCUGUACGGGGCGACAUUAAGCCCUACAAGCAUGUCUCGGAUGUGAGUACUUCUAUCACACAUUGUGCAAGAUACAAGCUGACAUGUCCCUGCACGUCUUUGUCCUACAAUGUUGCAGCCCAGCCAAAACUUCACGCGUCCCAGCGUACCGCUGUCGACGGUUCAUGAUCACUCCCGUGCCUCGGCUAUUGGCGGCUAUCAGGCUGCUCCUAGCUCGUCAAGAGCGCCUACGACAGAUGCAACAGCAGGGCCACCCAUUAAGCAACUUCCUCCAGGUCUUUUCGAUCAGAUGCGAGCAGCGCUCCGCGACGAGAUCCUGGGUGAAGCAAGGAGAAACGUGGAUCACCACGGUAAGUGUGAAGGUAUUCGAUGGGCCACAUGCUGCCAGCACUCGUCUGACAUGCGCCAUCAUUUGAAGUCAUGCGCCUGUCGAACCUCAACAAGGAUCUAGUAGCGCACAAUGAGGCUCUGAAAGCCAGAGUGGAGCAAUUGGAGAUUCAGUCAGAUAACGCUGCCAAGUGGAUCACAUACCUCGCCCAGUCGCACGACGACUCCACUGCCAGGUUGGACGCUCUUUCUGCAUCGGCCACAGCCCAGGCACGGGUCGUUCCUCGCGACGUGCAUCCUUCGCCUCAUCUCUCCGGCUCCCAUCACCCCGGCAGCGAGGCGCGACCGCCGAGAACCAGCGGCGGAUACAUAACGGAAUCGCCUCGCGCUCGCACUCGUCAGGCCGAGCCGAUCUACAAAGACGUCAGCGGAGAAUCAUACAGGGCCCACAACGGCGAUCGUGGUCGCCACCACGAAGAGAACGCGCGGCGAGACCGUGCUCUCAAUGCGGCUCCUCCCGCCUCGAUGCCGCCGCGAGAAUACCAGCGCCGCGCGUACGAGACCGAGGCGAUGGGCGAGACAAACGGUACGCCACUGGCGGGUCGAUCUUCGGCAGGACAGGGCUUGUCCAGGAGCCAGGGGGCGUCUUACGGGGACGCAGGAUUGUCUACAUCGCACUCGAGUGCCUCAACGAGACCUCAGAGCCUGUCCCAGCCUCAGCACUCUCAAUCGCUCGAUCCUCCGGCCAACGAACCGCGCUCGACUUUGACCACAGAGCAACCGCCCUAUCGACCUUAUCUCGAUCCCUCGCCAAGGCCCCCUUAUGAAGAUGCCCGGUUGGUCAAGCGUCCUCGCAACUACUAA